GCUCUACAACGAACGAACACUGGCGCGUGCUUGGGCCGGACAGUUCAGCUUCGGAACACAGGGACAGCUCCCAGGUGCUGAAAUUGUCGAGCAUCAAACCGAACCGUCUUCUACAGUAAAACAUUUAUAUAAAAACAGAAAAAGCCACUGACUGACACGAAGCCUUCGACGCAGAUGGCUGCCACUCAGGGGACCACUCAAGGGAAGGAGGGCGGGGACCAGAACUUUGACUACAUGUUCAAACUGCUGAUCAUUGGCAACAGCAGCGUGGGUAAAACCUCCUUCUUGUUCCGCUACGCUGACGACGCCUUCACCUCAGCCUUCGUCAGCACCGUGGGCAUUGACUUCAAAGUCAAGACCGUCUACAAGAACGACAAGAGGAUUAAACUGCAGAUCUGGGACACAGCGGGACAGGAGCGGUACCGGACAAUCACCACUGCAUACUACCGGGGAGCCAUGGGCUUCAUCCUUAUGUAUGACAUCACCAACGAGGAGUCCUUCCAUUGUGUGCAGGACUGGUCGACCCAGAUUAAGACCUAUUCUUGGGACAACGCCCAGGUGGUGCUGGCUGGGAACAAGUGUGACAUGGAGGAGGAGAGGGUGGUGGCUUCAGACAGCGGGAGACAGCUGGCAGAACAACUCGGUUUUGAGUUCUUUGAAACGAGUGCCAAGGACAACAUCAAUGUCAAGCAGACCUUUGAACGCCUCGUUGACAUCAUCUGUGACAGGAUGUCCGAGAGCCUGGACACUGAUCCUGCCGUUACCACGGGAACACCUAGCGCCAAACUGACAGACAGCGCCCCGCCGCUCCAGCAGUCCGCCUGUAACUGUUAGUGGCUCCUCCCGCUUCCUGUGUUUCGAAGAUACCCAGUCCCUUAGAUAUAGGGUGCAUCCUAAAUGGCACCCUUUUCUGUACAUAAUGCACUACUUUUGACGAGGGCCCAUAGGGCUCUGGUCAAAGGUUGUGUACUUUAUAGGAAAAAGGGUGCCAUUUGUGACUCAACUGUAGUCUUAAAGUAGGGGUGCACAACUAAGGUCCUGGAUGGCUGCAGCAAAGGCAGAUUUUCCUCCUUGCCUUUUAAUCAGAGAUUGACUUGUAUAAAUACUGUAGGUGCUCUCUGGCCAAUCAGUGACAGUAGUCCAUCAGUUAAGUGCCAGGAUGGAAGGAAACUCAGCAGGACUUCGGACUGGAGUUGUGCACCCCUGUCUUGUAGUAUUCUGAUGUGUCAUCUGACCACUUUUAUCAUC